GUGAGCUGAUGCCGACAAAUGCCAUUAAAUACCGAAACCUUCCGCAAAGUACCGGCACUGGGCAGCCCAUUCAUGCAUUAUGCCCAAUCAAUCUUCGCUCCCCUGAAUCGUUGAUGCUCAAACACAACACAUUUAUCACCCGAAGCAUUCCGAUUUUGAAUCCGAAGAACGGAAUUCCUUUAUUGUCCCUUUCAUCCGGCUGGGCAACCCUUGUUUAUCUGCUGCCACCAAACCAGUGGCCCCGCAGGGCCCAACACCGAUGCGGGGAAGCUAGGAAUCAAGUAUGGGCCUCCAGGUACCCGGUACCAAGACAGAGAGAGGCAAAGGAAAGAAGGUUGUUGUCGGCUGCUUCGACUACGCCCUGGAGCUUACAUAUAUAAUGCCUCCAUGAGCUCUUCAAAUCCCCAUUCUGCUUGAUUCCCCAACCAGAAAUACCCGUCCCACAUCCUUUUACCAUAUAUAACAGCAACACUAUGUCGCUUGAGGAGAAGUUGAGUCAAGAACACCUUGAUCGGGUAAUUAGCGAGAAGGACAAACUCGAUGAUGGCGUCGACCGUCACCUUGCCGUCAAAAUCCCGGAAUCCUUGGUUGGACUCAGCCCUGAAGAGGUCAACGCUAUUGAUAGGAAGGCAACAUUGAAGUUGGAUUUGCUCUUAAUGCCAGUAUUGAUGGCCCUUUACAUUCUCAACUAUCUUGAUCGACAGAAUAUUUCUUCAGCCAAGAUCGCCGGGAUCAUGGACGACCUUGGACUUACAACAACUCAGUACAAUACAUGCGUCGCCGUGUUGUUCGCUGGAUAUGUUAGUCUUCAGAUCUUUAGUAACAUCUUCGCUUCAAAAAUCAACUACCCAGGUGUCUACAUUUGUGUUAUGUGUGCUAUUUGGGGUGUCAUCUCUGGUUGCACUGGUGCCGUCCAGUCCUAUGCCGGUCUUGCUGUAUGCCGUGUAGUACUUGGGUUCGCGGAGAGUGCAUUCUUCCCCGGUGCUGUGUACCUCAACUCCUGCUUCUACACCAAGAAGCAAAUGGCCCUUAGAACAGCCAUUCUGUACUCGGGAUCCCAGAUCGGAAACGCUUUCGGUGGUCUUUUUGCUUUGGCCAUCCUCAAUCUUGACGGUGCCCAUGGUCUUGAAGGUUGGAGGUGGCUCUUCAUCGUAGAAGGCGUCUUGACUGUUGGUCUUGCCAUCAUUUUCGCAACGUUCAUCCCCAACAAGCCCGGAACCAUGAAAUGGCUUUCACAGCAAGAAAGAGACCGCCUCACCUAUCGAUUGGAAGUUGAUAGAUCAUCCAAGGAUGCGACAGAUGAAGUCACUGUUUGGACUGCUUUCAAAAUGGCCUCAUGCGAUCCUAAGACUUGGCUCCUUUGUGCAGUUCUUUACUGCAAUUACAUCGCGGCUUCGGUCACCAACUUCUUCCCUGUUGUCGUUUCUGGCCUUGGUUUCAACCGAACUGUGACCCUCGCCAUCACUUGCCCUCCUUACGUCCUCUGUUGCUUUUCCAUCUUGAUAAUUGGCUGGCAUUCCGAUAAGAAAAAUGAACGAACACUUCAUAUCAUUUGUCCUUUCUUUAUCACCAUUAUCGCCAAUAUCCUGGCUAUAUCGACUACAAAGAUUGCGCCACGAUAUGUUGCUAUGUGUCUUCUUCCUUCCUCAUUUUAUGGUGCAACCUGCUGUGUGCUUUCCUGGAUCAGUUCGUCCAUCACAGGUCCUGCGGUCAAGCGUGCUAUCGCUAUUGCCAUUAUCAACGCCGUUUGUAACACCCCCAACAUUUGGACAUCAUAUCUCUAUUACGACGCUCCCCGUUACGUUGCGGCAUUCGGAGUGGAUUUGGCCGCCAGUGUUUUGACUAUUGCUUUCGCAGCGUUAACUUACCUUUAUCUCCGUCGCCAGAAUAGCAAGAUUGAGCGCGGGGAACCUUUGCCUGUCUCGGGUCCCUCUGUCGUACAACUUGAGGCUGGCUUUAGAUAUCAGUUGUAAGAAGCUGAGACUUUGUGAAAGACAGCCUAUUUUAGCAGUCCGGGUUUAACACUACAGCUAUAUAUCAUAAUAAUUGGGUGCUCAGUUGGGUUCAGGAAUAUUUUGGUUUCAAAUACUGAAGGCUUGUAAUGUUAAGAAUGGUAGUUAUCAUUG